CAAACAUGGCGGCCCCCAUGUCAUGGCGAAGACUUGUGUACUCUGUGUACACGCCGGCCCUCUCAGGGGUUUUCACCAGGAUUUCGGAUAAGUUUUUCCGCACACAUGACCGCAGGAGAGGCUCAUCGCUGCUCUUGCUGGCGCCCCUGCUGGCGGAGGCCGAGCCGGUCCCAGUGCCCCCCUCGCGGCCGCCCAGCUCCACGGGUGUGGAGGGUCUGCACGCGCGCUUUCGCUGGAUGGGGGACCACGUGCCCGCGUUCAGGGUGCCCGGCGCUCGCGUACACAUCCUCCACUCACCGGAAGAGUUCUACCAGGUCAUGAAGGCACGAAUCAAGACGGCUAAGAGUCGAAUAGUGAUGGCAUCGCUGUAUCUGGGCACAGGACCCCUGGAGCAGGACCUGGUGGACUGCAUGGAAGAGGCCCUAGAACGCUCCCAGAACCAAGGCAGUAGCCCCGACUUCCAAGUGUCCAUGCUGCUGGACUACACACGGGGCUCGAGAGGUAAGAACAACUCGCGCACCAUGCUGCUGCCCCUGCUGCAGCGCUUCCCUGCCCAGAUGCGCGUGUCCCUCUACCACACGCCCGACCUGCGGGGCCUGCUGCGCCUGCUCGUCCCCGAGCGCUUCAACGAGACCAUCGGCGUGCAGCACAUCAAGGCCUACCUGUUUGACGACAGCCUCAUCAUCAGCGGGGCCAACCUGAGUGACUCGUACUUCACUAACCGGCAGGACCGCUACGUGCUGCUGGAGGACUGCCCCGAGGUGGCCAACUUCUUCGCUGAGCUGGUGGGCGCCGUGGGCGACGUGUCCCUGCAGCUGCAGCCGGACGACAGCGUGCACAUGCUGGACGGCAUGGUGCACCCCUACAAAGGCAACCGCAAGGACUUCUCGGCGACGGCGCGGCGGCGCAUCAUGGAGGUGGUGAACACGGCGUGCGCCCGCCAGAGGCUGCUGGAGGCCGAGCGCUCGCUGGAGGAGGCCGAGGCCGAGGCCGCCGACCUCCCCUCGCCCGCGCCCUCCACGGACACCUGGGUGUUCCCGCUGGUGCAGAUGAAGCCGCUGGGCAUCCACCUGGACGAGCAGGUGACCCGGCGGCUGCUGACGGAGGCGGGCGGCGACUCCACCGUCUACCUGACGUCGGGCUACUUCAACCUGACGCGCGCCUACAUGCGGCUGGUGCUGGGCGCCGGCGCCGACUACCGCAUCCUGAUGGCGGCGCCCGAGGUCAACGGCUUCUUCGGCGCCAAGGGCGUGGCGGGCGCCAUCCCCGCCGCCUACAUCCACCUGGCGCGGCAGUUCUACAGCAAGGUGUGCGCGCUGGGCCAGCAGAGCCGCGUGCACCUGCACGAGUACCAGCGCGCCAACUGGACCUUCCACGCCAAGGGCCUUUGGUAUUACCUAGACGGCAGUGACCGGCCCUGCCUCACCCUGAUCGGCUCACCAAACUUCGGCUACCGCUCCGUGCACAGGGACCUUGAGGCGCAGAUUGCCAUCGUGACGGAGAACGAGGAACUGCAGGCACAACUUCAGCAAGAGCAGGAGAUGCUGUACAAGCGCUCCAGCGAGGUCUCUGGCAACACCUUUAAGCAGCCCGAUCGCUACGUCAAGCUGUGGGUGAAGCUGGUCACCCCUCUCAUCAAGAACUUCUUCUAGAAGCAGCUGGUGGGCCCGAGCAUCCCUCUGUCCAUGUCAGGUUGAAGGUCCAGAUGUAGGUGGGGCCGCGGUCGCGCGUCUUGUAGACCGGGCACUCGUAGAGGUUCUUGGUUUCCUGCCGGUCCACGGGGAUGGCCUUGAUGAAGAGGACGGGCAUGGCCGGGGUCAGCUCCUUCA